AUGGAGGUCCGUCAGUACUGCACUGCAAGAGUGGCAGAUUUUGGGAUCUCUGCUGGCCAGUUUGUGGCAGUGGUCUGGGAUAAGUCAUCCCCAGUGGAGGCUCUGAAAGGUCUGAUGGAUGAGCUUCAAGUGUUAACUGGCAAUGAGGGCCUUGUGUCUGUGGAAAACAUCAACCACCUGUUGCAGUCUGCCCACAAAGAAUCCAGCUUUGACAUUAUUUUGUCGGGUUUAGUCCUGGGAAGCACCACUCUGCACAGUGCUGAGAUUUUGGCUGAAAUAGCCCAGAUCCUUCGGCCUGGUGGAUGUCUUUUACUGAAAGAGCCAGUAGAGACAGCUGUAGAUAACAAUAGCAAAGUGAAGACAGCAUCUAAGCUGUGUUCAGCCCUGACUCUUUCUAGUCUUGUGGAAGUGAAAGAGCUGCAGCGGGGGCCCCUAACCCCUGAGGAAAUACAGUCUGUUCGAGAACACCUUGGUCAUGAAAGUGACAGCCUGAUAUUUGUUCAGAUCACAGGCAAAAAACCAAACUUUGAAGUGGGUUCUUCUAGUCAGCUUAAGUUUUCCAUCACCAAGAAGUCUUCUCCUUCAGUGAAGCCUGCUGUGGAUCCUGCUGCUGCCAAGCUGUGGACCCUCUCAGCCAACAAUAUGGAGGACGACAGCAUGGAUCUCAUUGACUCAGAUGAGCUGCUGGAUCCAGAAGAUUUGAAGAAGCCAGAUCCGGCUUCCCUGUGGGCUGCUUCUUGUGGGGAAGGGAAAAAGAGGAAGGCCUAUAAGAACUGCACCUGUGGUCUUGCCGAAGAACUGGAAAAAGAGAAGUCAAGGGAACAGAUGAGCUCCAAACCCAAGUCGGCUUGUGGAAACUGCUACCUGGGCGAUGCCUUCCGCUGUGCCAGCUGCCCCUACCUUGGGAUGCCAGCCUUCAAACAUGGGGAAAAGGUGCUUCUGAGCAAUAGCAAUCUUCACAAUGCCUAGGAGGGGCCUGACAUGGGACCCAUCUGCUCCUCCAGCCAACUCCUGUCCCUCACAUCGCACCACGGUGGCUCCUCCCACCUCCUCUGGAUUUGUUCACUCUGAGAUCUAUUUGCAGAGUGGGUGCUUAGCAGACAGAGUGAAGCUGGCUGGAGGGCGCAGUGGUGUGUAGUGCUGCCGUGUAUCAAAAGACCAAAGAAUUAUGGGGCCCGGUUACUCAGAAUGGGAUGGGUUUCUUCACCUCAUGUUAA